AUGGAUGGAGCUAGUUUCUCCUCGCGGCGUCCUGCUGCCAACUCCUUACCCGCCUUCUCUCUGCCACCGCCAAACGCAGACGUACCAAGUGAGACCCGAUACCCUUACCCUCCUCUCCCAGAGCCUUUUCACAACUCUCGAGAUAUCGACUCGAUUGGGUAUUCCUACCCUUCGUCUUAUCCCCAUCCUGGUUCCUUUCCCGAUCGCCGCGUCUCGUCUUCUCCCAGUAUUCUGACCCCUUCGCCAGGAGCAAGCGACGGUCUGAGUCCCAGUCUUAGCGUCAACACCGGCAGUUCCCAAGGCUCCCAAGCCCCCAACGGUGUGUAUUCGUAUACAUAUCAGGGCUCAUGGUCCGGACCAGGCAACUCCUCCUACACCGUCAGCUCCGCAACCCAGGCGCAGCCAACCCUUGGCCAACAACAUUUCGGUGGGCGACAUUCCUUAUAUAACCAAGGCCAUGGAAUCCAUCAGUACAAUCACCCACGAAGCUCCCAAUCGCCAGCUACUGGACCCGACGGACUUCCGGCGCCUCCUUACGACGGUGUGCAUCACCCUUUCCAGACUUCUGUCUCCGGUGGCGGCGGCCAGACCACUCCGCCGGGCUUAUCGACAUCCCAUCAGCCUCAGAGCGCAAUCUUGACUUCACAGAACCAGCCACCAACUCCCUCGAGCGCAUCGGCACACGUCGACUCGUAUACGCAUACGAGACCGCCAACCACGCCAGGUUACUAUACAGCCUCAUCUUCUCAGCAGCCCAACUUUUCGACUUAUCCUCCUCAACCUUCGCCGACCCAGCACUCCCCUCAGAACGGGGGCCCUGUACCCAGAGGUCUUGGGUCGCUCUCGGGGCAAGCGCAAGGCGCGGGGAUGGCGCCUCCCGCCCCCUACCGGUCGUACCCCCAUUAUCAGCCACUUCCCACCAUGGGGGGAUCAGCCGUUAUGUCCAACAUCCACCAGCCUGGUGGUCAAAUGUCGAUGAUUCCUGGAAUGGGUGUGCCGCAGUAUGGGCAUCCUAUGAUGUAUGGCGCAGGGCAUGGUCAGGCUCCGCAGCAGUCCGAGAGACCCUUCAAGUGCGACCAGUGUGUCCAGUCUUUCAGCCGCAACCACGAUCUCAAGAGACACAAACGAAUCCAUCUUGCGGUCAAGCCUUUCCCCUGCACAUUUUGUAGCAAAAGCUUCUCUCGAAAGGAUGCGUUGAAGAGGCACCGACUGGUUAAAGGUUGCGAGAACAAGGCCAACGAAAGCAGCAAUGGCGACAGCAACGGAGCAGAUCGAAGCGGAGAGGAGAACGAUAGUCCCGACGUGAAGCGAGAACAGUAA